AGGCAAUGUCUCGGAUGUGAUUGCCAUGUCUGUUCCUCACGAGACUAUAUAUGACUGGCAGAGAUUUCCCUCCACAAGAACCUCGUCCACAUCAGCAUCAUCUACUAUUCGAAAACACAUCAUUCACAAUGAAGCUUUACCACCUUUUGGCGCUUUCACCGGCGGUCGCCUACGCGAGGCCUGGCACAGGUGCCCCUGAUAGCCUGGAGUCGGGCGUAUGCACCUCCACUAUGCUCAACCUGAUGAGUCUCGACUUUGGACCAACAACUACUGUAUUCACCCAUACGACCACAACCACGGUCAGCUUGGACUGUGGUGGCUGUAUAUCAGUCGUUGAGAAAUACAUACCACUGGGUGUCCCACCUGUUGUCUUCUUCGACGCGACAACGACGGUGGAUGAGCCCGCUGUCAAAACCGCGUACGCCUGUCGUACUCAUGAUUCUAAAAGCGAGUGAGCGCAGAAAAGAUGGAAAGAAGCUGGCCUUGAACGAUACAAAAUGCGACAAUACUGGGGACGAAGAUUCGCUCAACCAAAAUCCCCAGGACCCGAAGGACAAAGUGGUUGGGAGGAUGAGUGCCUAUAACUCAAGACAAUCUU